GAGAACUAUGGUUCUGGUCUCUUGUGCUUCCAUCAGUACUGUGAUUCAAGGAGGAUUCCUGAGUCUCUUUGCAUGCCGGCUCCUGAUCACCUUCUUAUAUCGUUCAUAGCCUCCUGGGCAGGGAAAGUAGCUGGAUCCACUGUUCAAAAUUGGCUUGCAGGUAUACACUUCUGGCACAACUUGCAUGGAGCACCAUGG